AUGGCGGCUUACGUCAAACCUGACCAGGUGAAGAGCUCCCUGCCUACCCAUCAACAGCCCUCAAAGGAAGCUGUUGAACUGGACUUCCUGAAAAACGUAACUGCUUGGCCUUCAACUCCACCUCUUCCACUAAACUUUUCUUGGAAUGACACCAGUGAUCCACGGCACAGCACCUUCACUGUUCUCCCAAAGAGAGCAGGGGGGCAGUGGCAUGUUGGAGAUGAGCUGGGGGUUUUAAUAAAGAUGUAUAACUUCCACGGUAAGCCAAAGAAAUAUGGAGGAGAUUUCCUACUGGCCCGGCUGCACAGUCCCAGUCUUCUGGCAGGUGUGGCAGGAAAAGUGGUGGACCAUCUCAACGGCAGCUACUCGGCUCUAUUCCCUUUACUGUGGGAAGGAAAUGUGCAAGUCCAGGUGAUCCUGGUUCACUCGAGUGAGGCAGUCACUGUGCUCCAGCAACUAAACCGUAUGCAGCCUCACAGAAUUUACUUCCAGAGUCUCUUCCGCUCAGGCUCUCUGACUGAAACCACCACCUGUAACGUUUACAUUAAUGCAACUCAGCAGCAACUGUGCAACUACACUGACCUGCACACAGGUGAGCAGUGGUUCUGCUACAAGCCAAAGAAACUGAGCUGUGAUGCCCGGGUCACUCAUGCCACGGGAGGAUUUAGGAAAAACAUCAAACCUCAGGAAGAGAUGCUCUUUCAGAGUGGCAUCAAUAUGAAGGUCUCCAUUCCUCCAUCAACCCAUCCCAACAUAAGUGUGCACCCAAGAGAAGACCAAACCAGGGGGAUCGGUGACAUUGUGAGGACAGAACCUUCUGGUUAUUACUAUCAUGGUGCCUGGAGACCACUAGAUGGAACCAAAGUACACCAGUUCAAUUCCUCCACAGCAGUCAGUCAGUGUCUGAGAGGGAAGGGGCUCCACCUGUUUGGAGACUCCACCAUCAGACAGUGGUUUGAAUACUUCCUUGCAUCAUUUCCAGAUCUCAAGAAGUUUGACCUGCACAGCUCCAAACAAGGUGGACCUCUCCUGGCCUUGGACUACCCAAACAACAUCUUGGUGACUUACCGCUGCCACGGUCCUCCUAUCCGUUUUGCUAAUAUUCCUGUGACUCAGCUGCGUUAUGUUGCCAAUGAACUAGACCACAUAGACGGAGGCCCCAACACUGUCGUAGUCAUCGGUGUCUGGUCGCACUUCAGCACUUUUCCUGUCGAUUUUUACAUUCGACGUCUACAGAACAUCCGCAAGGCGGUGGUGCGGCUGCUGUCCAGAGCGCCACGUACGCUGGUGGUCAUCCGGACAGCAAACCCCAAAGCUUUGACCGUCUAUGAAACACUGACCAACAGCGACUGGUAUUCUAUACAGGGUGAUAAGCUGCUGCGGGCCGUCUUCAAGGGACUGAAUGUCCAUCUGGUGGAUGCUUGGGACAUGGUCCUGGCCCACCAGCUGCCACACAACCUCCACCCACAACUGCCUAUCAUCAGAGUCCUACAUGUGCCGUCCACCAACAGACCAAACCAGGGGAAAUCACUAAAACAGGCAAGAAUAGAAGAACUGGGCUGUGAUGUUGAGGAACUCUUGCACUUUAGGACAGAAUACCUUCUACGGUGCAGUAGAACCAAGGCAGGGUUAGAAAUCCAACACAAAGCACUGCGAUGAUUUUAGACCUGUGGAUGCAGCAACGUUUACAUAUUACACAUUUGACAAAGUUGUCCACGCAGCUGUCAAUAACGUACGUUUGAGAUUUUUUUCAGAAGGGUUAUAAUGUUUUUAUUUUAUUUUAUUAUAUGACAUCCAGGCCAUAUUUUAUUUCUGUAAUAGUUUGUUUAACAUUUUCUAGCAGUCAGUAACAAUCAUCUAACAAAGAGACUCUCUACAUCUUCUGCAUUUGGUUUAGCGAUUUUUCACAGGCUCAAGAAUGACAUCAAGGAGAUGCUU